AUGAGUAACAAAGUAGUCUCCCAGGUCUACAGGAGCAUUAUUGACGAUGUCGUCAACAAUGUGCGUCAAGACUUCGAGGAGAUGGGCAUCGAAAAGGAGGUGCUAGAGGAGCUGCAGCGCUCCUGGGAGGCCAAGAUCGUCGCUACACAAGUGGCCGAAUUCGAAGGAGCCCCCGCUCUGCCGCCUGCCAAGUCUCGCUCGAGCAAGAAAGCCGACGCCAAAGGCGAGGUCAAGCCGGAAGACAGCAACGGUGCCAACGGUCAAGCUUUGGGCAGCAACGGCUCGGCGGAUCAGCACCGUUCCAAAGUGGCUCGCGCCGAUGGCUCGACGGAUGUCGCAGGUGCUGCUAGUAGUGGAGUAGCCGCCGGCGGCGCCGAUGCCACCAAGACAGAGGACGACGAUGCGGCUGCUGGUCAGAAACGAAAGCGGAUCAGCGACGACGACGAGAUUGGAAGCGACCUGGACGAUUCCGACGACGAAGAUCUGGAUGGAGGAGCCGACGGAGACAACGACGACAUGGUGCUUUGCCUCUACGACAAGGUACAGCGCGUCAAGAACAAGUGGAAGUGCGUGCUCAAGGAUGGCGUCGCAUCCAUCGACGGUCGAGACUACCUCUUCGCCAAGUGUAACGGCGAGUUCGAGUGGUAA